AUGUAUACCUCUAUUCUCUCUCUGGCCCUCGGCCUCGCUUCAAUCCCUCUGGUGGCCGGCCACCCUGGUGAGGACCACCACAAGGAAGCCAUGAAGCGCCGCGAGUUCCUCAAGGACAAUGUCUCCAACCUGGAUCACUGCAGCGACACGCUCGACGCCCUGGGUGUCACGAAGCGCUCCAUCCAGCGCCGCCAGAACACCAUCCAUGGCAUGCGGGUGAAGCGCGGCCUCGUCGCCCGCGAUGAGCACCACGCCGUCCGCAGCUACGAUGCCGAUGUGAGCCAGGCAAGUAUUGCCAAGAAAAACGCCUCGUGUGUUCUGUCCCCCGAGGAAAUCCUGGGACCUUACUAUGUGGCCGGCGAGUCUAUCCGCUCCAACAUUACCGAGGACCAGACCGGUGUCCCCAUUCACCUAGACAUUUCUUUCAUCGACGUCAACACUUGCAAACCCCUUGCUGGCUCGUGGGUUGAUGUUUGGCAGGCCAACUCGACCGGUGUCUAUGGCGGCGUCGUGCAGGAGGGCUUUGAGGACCGCAACGACACCUUUGAGGAGACCUGGGGCCUGACGUGGCUGCGCGGCAUUCAGAAGUCGGACGAUGAUGGCUCAGUGCACUUUGAGACCAUCUUCCCGGGUCACUACGUGGGCCGCACCGCUCACAUUCACGUGCUGACGCACCCGAACGCGACUGUCUUGCCCAACAACACCAUCAUCGACGCGCACGCCUCGCACGUUGGGCAAAUGUACUUUGACCAGGACCUCAUCGACAAGGUCGAGGAGCUGACGCCAUACAACACCAACGAGCAGGCCAAGACGUUGAACUCCGAGGACGAGUUCCUCCAGGGCGACCUCGAGGCCGGCGGCUACCCGUACCUUCAGUACGAGCUCGUCGGUGACAAGCUUGAGGACGGCAUCGUCGCCUGGUUAAACCUGGGCGUCAACGGCACCCAGAACAAGAUCGUCGACCCCAUCACCACCUUCCACCCCGUUCCUACCGCGGCCGCCAACGCGUGCUCUUAG